UGAAGAGCGGAGGGUGAUAAUCACGUCGGCUGCAGGACACGAGUCUGAAUUCCGUCCCGCUCGGUGAAGGAGCAGUUUCUCACAGAGCAGUGGUCUCCGUCUCUUACACAGGUGAGAAAUUCAACUUGGUGUUUUACUGAAUCUUCUCCUUCAGGAUGAAGUUCGAGAGCCUCCUGGAGGAAGUCAACGGCUUUGGGCCGUUCCAAAUCCUGCUGAUCCUCCUGCUCUGCGGCCCUCGGAUCGUCAUCCCCUGCCACUCCCUGCUGACCAUCUUCAUCGGAGCCGUGCCUCCUCACCACUGCGACGUCAGCGGCCUGGGCGACGGCGGGCUCCUCGCGAACUUGACCGCUGAGCAGAGACUGACGGCCGGCGUCCCCCGCCGGGGCGACGGCGAGCCGGCGUCCUGCGAGAUGUUUGCCCAGCCUCAGUUUCAGCUCUUGUCCAACGGAUCCGCGCGGGACGGCGCCGCGUUGCCCACGGUCCGGUGUCAGAGUGGAUGGGUGUACGACAACUCCACCUUCACCUCCACCCUGGCAACAGAGUGGGACCUUGUCUGUGACAGGAAAAGUCUGACGAAGACCACGGGCACAAUCUUCUUUCUGGGAUUGAUGGUGGGAGCCAUCGUGUUUGGAUUCCUCUCUGACAAGUACGGAAGGAAAAACACGAUCCUGGCCUCCUACAUCAUUUCCAUCGUGUUUGGCUUCUCCAGUGCUUUCGCGAACUCCUUCGUCAUGUUCGCGGUGCUGAGGUUUCUCACCGGCUUCGGACUGACGGGAAUCGGCAUCAACUCCUUAGUGCUCACCAUCGAGUGGGUCGACACGGACCACAGGUCCUUCAUCGGCGUGAUCGGCAGUCUGUCCUGGUCGGUGGGCAACAUGCUGCUGGCCGGCUUCGCCUACCUGGUCAACGACUGGCGCACGCUGAUCAUGACCGUCACCGCCCCGCUGGGCUUCGCCGUUUUGACCUGGUGGUGGAUUCCUGAAUCUGCUCGCUGGCUGCUGGCGAACGGUAAAGUGGAACAAGCCCAGUUUUACCUCGACAAAUGUGCGACGUUCAACAAAGGGCAAAAGCUGUCGACCAAAUUCAAACUGGAGACUCUCUGCGACAUGGAAAACCUGGAAAAGCAGAAUAAAAACUACACCUACCUUCAUCUAAUCAAGAGCCCGAAGAUGAGGCGGUUAACGCUGAUAACUGGGAUUGUGUGGUUCGGCGUUGCCUCCACGUACUAUGGGAUCAGCCUGAACAUCAGUGGAUUUGGACUCAACAUUUACCUCACGCACUUCAUCUACGCCGCCAUCGAGGUUCCAGCCAAGCUGAUGGUCUAUUGCUUCCUCAACAUGAUUGGACGCAGGAAGUGUCAGGCGGGCACGCUGCUGCUGACGGGAAGCUGCAUCGCCAUAAACAUAUUCCUUCCCAAAGGUCUGUGGUAUGUGCGCACAGUUGUAGCUAUUCUUGGCAAAGGCCUAUCAGAAGCCGCCUUCACCACCGCCUUCCUCUACACGUCGGAGCUCUACCCGACGGUCGUCAGACAAAAUGGUUUGGGCUACACCAACUUCGUCAGUCGUCUGGGAGUCGCCGUGGCUCCUCUCAUCCUGCUGCUGGAGGACGUGUGGACUCUUCUUCCUCAGGUUAUCAUCUGCUCGGUGGCCGUCCUGUCCGGCCUGGUGGCUCUGCUGCUGCCAGAGACGCUGGGCGCGAAGCUGCCGGAGACGAUCGACGAGAUCGAGAAGCCCAGCCUGCAGGAGUGUGAAGUUUCCUCUCAAGCCGUCGACCCGUCGGCUGUUCUCCUGGAGUCAAAGGCCCCAGCAGAGAGUCGGCGGUGAAGACACGGGAGGAACAAGGACUCUGGUUGUUCUCAGACACCGAACGACCGCGAUGCCUUUUUUCAAAUGUGGUAGAUCUUCUUUGUAUCUGUGAGAGAAACUCCUGUUAGGAUUGUUUGUGUGCUUUGUAAACGCUCAGUGAAAUAUUGAAGAUAAUGUAUUUAUAAAGUUCAGCAUCACGCAAAUAAAUAAUGAUUGAUCGAA